AUGGGGAACGACUCCUUCAUUGCCAAGGGAAUGGCUCCACAACAAAGGAUCCUCUUUCCCCCGGAGAAGAUUUGCAUGGAUUGGCAGCAAAGACAGAGAGCUGGAGCGGGACUGCACAACCUGGGCAAUACAUGCUUCCUCAGCUCCGUCCUGCAGUGCCUGACGUACACAGCCCCUCUGGCCAACUACCUGCUCUCUCGUGAGCACAGCCAGUCGUGUCGUCAGCAAGACUUCUGCAUGAUGUGCGUAAUGGAAGCGCAUGUUAACAAGGUCCUGCAUUCCUCAGUCAGUGCCAUCCAGCCUAGCGCUGUCAUCAACGUCCUCACACGAAUAGGAGAAGAUUUCCAGCUUGGCAGGCAGGAAGAUGCCCACGAGUUCCUACGCUUUACUGUCGAUGCCAUGCAGAGAGCUUGUCUGAGUGGAAGCAGCGAAUUGGACAUGUCUUCUCAAGCAACUACCAUCAUCCAUCAAAUAUUUGGGGGCUUUCUGAGAUCCAGAGUCACGUGCUUGAGCUGCAGAGCAGUUUCCGAUUCCUACGAGGCUUUCCUGGAUGUCCCUUUGGAUAUAAAACUAAGAGGGUUUAUAGCUGUGUUUCAGGACAUCCCAAGGCCCCUAUGUGACAAGAUGGUUGCCGCCUCCAAGAGGUUUACAGUCUAUUGCGCGCCCAAGGUUCUCACAGUGUGUCUGAAGAGGUUUGAAGGUUGCACCGGCAGGAAGAUCAGCAAGGUUGUGGAGUAUCCCGAGUACUUGGAUCUUCGGCCAUACAUGUCCCAGACAGCCGGAGAACGGCUCCUCUACACCUUAUAUGCUGUCUUGGUGCAUCGUGGUGACAGCUGUCAUGCAGGACACUAUUUCUGCUACACAAAGGCCAGCAAUGGACUGUGGUACAAGAUGAACGAUAUGGCUGUGAAUGGUUGUGGCAUCGAGACAGUUCUCAGGCAGCAAGCCUAUUUACUGGUUUAUGUCAGGAGACAAUUAUUACCUGCAUCCUUCAGUGCUGUUGAAUCUGAAAUACCCCACGUCAGUCCUUAUCUUCCCUUGCUGGGCUUCAGGCUGCUGCCCUGGUGUAAAGUGCUACUUGUCUGCUGUCUGAAGCUGGCUAAUGUAGAGAAGAGUGCAGAGGAAGGCUUCUGCAUGAUGUGCAUGACAGUAGCGCACAUUGAGGAGGUCCUGUCUUGCUCGGGUAGUGCCAUCGAACCUACGUCUCUCGUCAAUGAGCUUCCACGAAUAGGAGAAGAUUUCCAGCCUGGCACCCAGGAAGACGCACAUGAAUUCUUCUGCUAUGCUGUGGUAACGUGCUUCAGCUGCAAAGCCAUUUCAGACACCUACGAGGCAUUCCUUGAUAUUCCCUUGGAUAUCAAGGCCAGCGAUGGACGUUGGUACAAGAUGAACGAUGCCUCUGUGGUUCUCUGUGACAUCAAGACGGCCCUCUGCCAGCGUGCAUAUUUACUCUUCUAUACCAGGGACCUCCCCCACCCCAUAACCCCCCACAGCCCCAUAGCCACCACCCCCCCCAAGCCCCCCCAGCGUGACGUCACGCCCCAGACCCCCCCAAACCUGGCUCGGAUUGACGCCUCCCACCGCACCGCCCUCCUGCUGACGGUGCAGCCGACCACCCGCCCACCUUCGGCCCAAUAG